AUGGAUAAGACAAAAAUGCGAGUUAUUUUCGAACAUGAGUUCUGUCAUGGAACUAAUGCAGCGCAGACAAGCCAAAAUGUUAACGAAGUGCUUGGCAAGGAUGCAGCUAAGGAACUUACAGUACUUCGAUGGUUCAUUAAAUUCCGAUCUGGAGAUUUUGAUCUUCAAAGUGAACCACGUGGGCGGUCUGAGAGCAAAGUGGAUGACAACCAGCUGAAAGCUGUAAUGGAAGCAAAUCCAUCUGAAACGACAAGUGAAUUAGUAUCAAGGUUUGAAGUUACCAUCCCAACAAUAUUAAGUCAUGUGAAAGCAAUCGGAAAAGUAAAAAAAAAGCAGGAUAAGUGCGUUUCGCAUGAGAUGAGUGAGCGUCAUCAACGGAACUGCUCCGAGGCUUGUUGUUCUUUGGUAUCAAGACUAAGAGUUCGAUCCAUUUUCGCACCGGAUAGUCACGUGCAAUGA